CGUGUCGGUGGCGUCGAGCUGGAAGUCUCGGAGCCCACCGCCAGCACGCUCGCUCAUGGUGGAGGAGGUGGCAAGUCGCACAAGUUGGUGUUGGAGCCAGGCGAGCUCAUCACAUCGAUUGAGCCCCACUGCGGCUCCCACAAGGUCAAAACCCGACUCUUCUACCUCAAGUUGUCGACGAAC